AUGCUCACCACUGCGCUGAUGGCUUCCGCAGAUCGGGCAGCACUGAAGGAAAUCUUCGGUGGUUCUUGCCGCAGAACUGGCAGAAUUCGUGCCGUUCUUGACGCCGCCCAAUUCACCUCCGAGCGGGUCGUUGACCCACGGCUCAUGGGUUGCCGAAACGCCUGCGAGUCAGUGGAGCAAGUUCUGCGAGACCUCGGGUUAGGUGCAGCUCUACGGGCUGCGCAGGUGGCCGAGCGAGAGGCGCUGGCGAAAGAGAAGGCCAUGAUUGCAUCUACGCGCACGCCACCAAAACCGCCUCCAGGUGGCGAGGAUGCCGAGGCUGCAGCGGCUGCGGCUGCAGCAGCUGCGAAGGUGGCAGAGGAAGCAGACCGCUUGGCCCGCGAAGAGGCGGCGAGGAGGCCUAAGGCUGCUGCAGAAGAAGCUGCCCGAGCAGCUGCUCUUGAAGAAGCAGAGAGAGAGGCGGCUAAGGAAGAGGCCGCGAGAACAGCCGCAGUAGAAGCAGCAAGAAGAGCUGCAGAGGAAGAGGCUUCCCGAAAAGCUGCCGCAGAAGAGGCAGCGAGAAGACUUGCUGAGGAGACAGCCGCAGUAGAAGCAGCAAGAAGAGCCGCAGAGGAAGAGGCGGCGAGAAGAGCGGCUGCAGAAGAGGCGGCGAGAAGACUUGCUGAAGAGACAGCCGCUGCAGAAGCAGCAAGAAGAGCUGAAGAGGAAGAGGCGGCGAGAAGAGCGGCUGCAGAAGACGCGGCGAGAAAGACUGCUGAAGAGGCAGCCAGAAGAGAAGCAGAAGCUCGCGCGGCUGAAAUCGCAGCCAGGAAAGCUUCUGAAGAGGAAGCUAGGAAGCGCCGUGAAGAAGAGGUGCAUCCGAAGGGCAAGGGCGGAAAAGGAAAAGGCAAAGCCAAAGGGAAGCAUCCUGGUGCGGAAAUAUGCCCCCCGGCCCGGCCGCUGUGUCAUGCCGAGAAAGUCCCGCUGUGCAAGAUCGGCUGCGGCCGACAAGUUGCGCCUGGGGUGACCAGACAUGGAAAGCCUUUCGACACCUGCUGCCGAGGAUGCGCGCUUGGGGCGGGUCACGACGAUCUAUGCGGGAAGAUCAACCCUUCAAAGGAGGGCACUGGCACCGAGCUGGGAAUCUAUUUGGCCUGGGUAAAGCGCGAGCUCGACGAGGAGAGUGCAUGUUUAGAACUACCCUUCACACUGCUGUUGCUGAUCUCCUUCUCGGUCUUUGCUCUGCUGCACCUGAAGCAGCACGAUACUUUUGCGGUGGAGGGGGCAUGGAAGCAGGAGCUGGUUCAGAAUGCAAACUUUGCUUGGGCCCAGAACUUCGGGCACAAGUCCGUCUAUGACGUGAACUCCUAUGCUGACUUUUGGUCCUGGUUUCGCAUUGGCUUUCUGCCAUUGGCAGUGCAGCAUACGUGGGCCUUCUCGGAGGGGCUCAAUGAAACGUAUGAGCAGCUUCAUGCAGAGAACAUGACUGCCUUCAGUGCGUCGCAGCUGCCAGCGACUUACAAUUUGCCAUUUGGCCCAGAGCCAGACGAGGCAUGGGCACAGGCCACACUGCCUGUACCUGACCAGUUCUCCACAUUCAACAGGAUAGUUGCUGGCAUUCGGCUGCGACAGGAGCGAUCGGCGGCGAGUUGGGACAGCUGCAAAGUUCCAGACACGGUGAGCCCGGACUUGAUGCGCGCCUGGCUGGGUAAGCCCUGCAUGCCGGCUGAUCCUCCCUACGAACUGACGCCUGAAGCUCACCAUGCCGAGACCUUCCGCGAGCCGCAGCGGACAGAGUGGCUUCUAUCGCAGCAGAAGACACUGAAGGAGCUGCAGCUGUCCAGCUUGGACAUGGAGGACGGCUGCUCGCAGCUGGAUGCCAAGUGGAGCGCUCUCCGGAAUACCACUGCAGAGUACAGCGGUUGCGCAUGCAAGAGCUGCGCAGAGGGUGCCCGAACACUGGAUGGCCAGACUCGACCAGGGCCCUGGCUCGACGAGUACACGCAGCGCGUCGAAUUAGGGAUGGUUGCUUACAACCAGAACCACGGGCUCAUUUCUCUGGUGUCCGUGAACUUUUUCUUCAAUCGUGCAGGCCAUGUCUACAAGCUUAUCCACGUGCAAUCCGCUUGGGCCAGCUGGCUCUUGGGGAAUUUUCUCGAGCAGGUGGUCGUUGUGGCAGCGGAUGUUGUCUGGGUUGGCUCGCUGCUCUUCAUCUUCAUCAGUGAAGUCCGCGAGCUUCUGGGUGCCGUCAGAUCUGCAAAGUACGGCAUCUAUCAAGCCAUCUUCGGAGACUACCUGAACUUCUGGAACAUGGUCGAUUGGAUCUCCAUCAUUUGUGCCUAUGCAGUCAUUGGCACCUAUCUCCGCCUCAUCGUGGAGACGGGCUCUACCACCGGCACGAUGGGACAAUACAUCGAGCUAGCUCAGGAGAAUCUGACCUAUGCCGAAAGCGAGGCAUGGAGUGUUCGAGUCUUCGAUGCUGUCGAGACGAUGGUGCUAGCUGAAGCUGACUUCCGGUUCACUCUCAGCUUCUACCCCAUCGUUGUGAUGUUGCGCUUGCUGAAGUCCUUCGAUGCCCAGCCUCGGCUAUCUGUAGUCACCAGAACGCUGUACACUGCGACAGUGGACAUCUUACAUUUCUUCAUCGUCAUUUCCUGCGUGUACCUGUGCUUGGCUCUCAAUGCCUUGAUGGUAUUCGGCCAAGACAUGCAGGAGUUCGCCACGCUGGACCGAGCGCUCUUCUCGAGCUUCCGCGCCAUGUUCGGAGAUUGGGACUGGCCAAGCAUGGAGAAGGUCGGAGCAGGCCGGCUGAUCGCAUCGAUGUGGAUGUGGACGUUCCAGAUCAUCGUCGUCGUACUUCUUGUGAACAUGCUCCUGGCGAUCAUCCUCGAUGCCUACUCCGAGGUCAAGUCCCGCAUGUCGCUCAUGACCACACUGGAUGCACAAAUCUCCGAGAUGCUCCGCAGACGUCGGCAGUCCUUGAACAAAGAGAGAGUGCGGCUUUCGGAAGUUUGGAAUGCGUACCUGGAGAAGUAUGGCGAUGAGAAGCUGAUGCUCUCGAGUCGCGAGAUCAUAACUCCCGAAGAUGUCAUGGAACGGGUCCAGGGCAUCGGGAAGUCGCAAGCCAAACGGACACUGGCGAAUGCACGGCAAACUUGGGAACAGAGCCUCGAAUCGCCAUAUACCCCGGACAGCUACAUGGAGCACCUGAAGCUUUGUGGUGUCAGGCUCGAUCUGCUUCGGCACAAGACCUCCUACAUCCGUGCCGUGAUGAGUGCCGUGGCAGGCCGUAUCGGGCUGACGGAGAACCCGACCAUCGCGCUGCAAGAGACCACCAGCAGAGCUGUCAGCAUGGUGAAAGAGAGCUCCGG